GAAACGUUAUGACGGAAACCAAACUGACAAAACAAAGAUUUCAAACUGCAACGGUGGAUUGGUUUAUUUCGUUUUUAUUGUAGAGCGUGAAUUUAAUUGUUAAAUUGUUCCGUAAUGAAAUCUUUGCCUUAAUACUGCAUAUUCAUAAAAUAAGUUCAUCAUGCAACUUAAAUGGAAGUGUAUUAUUUCAAAUUGGAUAAACUGUUACUUUUACGACAACAAUAACAAACAUGAACCGCAAGUUAAUCAAGAGUUGCUACUUAAUAUUAUCAAUCACCUUCGUCAAAAUUUCAAUUUGGACGAGUCGAAAUCAUCAAUUUUUAGUGGACAGACAUUAGAAGAAUUUAUUGCUGAAAAGUUCCCAGGAUUUUUAUUUCAAAAUGGUACACUUCAAGCCAUAACCGAAGACGAUAUAUUCAUAGCAGCAUCUCUUUUGCUUUUCUUCGUUUGCGUUAACUCAAAAGAUGUAAACAUAAAAAGUGCUAUGUGCAGUAAACUCAGCGCAAGCGAUCAAGAAAUUAUACUAAAGUUUAGUAAAACUCUAAUGGAAUGUCCAAAGAUAUCAUCUCUUGAUGUAGUUGCUGCUAUAACAGAAGCGUGCGGACCCGAUAUGUCGACUGGCGAGAGUUGUGGGCGCUCCUUGGUAGCGGAGACUCCGCCUGCGCUGCGCUCGCUGCACGGCGAAGUCCGCCGUCUGAAGGCCGCGCUAGACGCGGAGCGCUUUGACAGGAAUUAUCUGCAGGAUGAGCUUGCCAGAACCAAUUUGAAGCUAGAUAAGUUAGAGAAAGACAAAGAACAAUACAAGAUAGAUAUAGUGAAUCUGAAGGCAAAGAUGUCAAUGUGUUGUGGAGAGGCCGAGGCGCGUGGUGGGGAGGUGGAAAGCAGUGAGAACAGCAAACUGACCAGACAACUGCAACAGAUGGAACAGCGCCUUGUUGACGUGCAGGAAGAACUGGAUGAAGUCAAACACGAAAGGGACAAUUUGAAGACAAAGUUGGACAACUUAAAAGGUGAAUGCGACAGAUUGAUAGUGUUGAACCAACAAGAGAGCUCUCAGGCCUCUCAGCUGUCCGAGGAGUUGGAGAACGAGAGGCGGCUCAGCCAGAGCCUGCGCGAGCUGGUGGCGGAGCUCCGCCAGCACAACCAGCGGAACAGGCUCGACGCCAGCAUGGAGUGUGACGACCCUGAUGCCAGUCUGCUCUCUCUACAACGGAGUUUCACCGUAUGUAACGAUGUUUGUGCCAAUGUAGUUGAAGUCCAGUUAGGCGAAGAAAGAGCAAAAAUUGAAGCACUUAAACAACAAAUAGACUUGUUGCAGGACGAAUGUAAUGAGCAUCAACAAAAUGUCAACACAUUCAAGCAGAUUAUUUCAGAAAAAGAAAAUGAAAUUUUUAACCUUAAACAUCGCAUUAAUGAGGAAAUUGAGGACAAAAAUAAUUUAAAGUCUUUUUUGGACAAUGAAAUUACAAAAUUGAACAAUGUUGUUAAUGAGUUAGAACAAAAACUUAAAUCUCAGAGCGAACAAUGUAAAAUGAUUAACGAGAAACAUGUACACGAAGUUCGAACAUUACAAGAUGAGAAAAUGUCCCUCAUACAAAGUUUAUCAGAUCAAGCCAGAAAGUCAGAUAUACAAAUAAAGGAAUUAAAAGAGGAAUUGGACAAAGAGAAAACUUCUAAAAUUAACAUGAGAGAUGAUUAUGAAAAUCAUGUUAUGAAAUUAAAAGAAAAAGUAUUAAAUAGAAACAAUGAAUUGGUGGAGUUGCAAAAUAAGAUUUUACAAAAAGGUGAAAUCAUUGAACAAUUAAGUUUGGAACUUCGCAAAGAGAAGGAAUCUAAUAACGUUAAAAUUAUCGAACUUACAAAUGAUUUUGCGGUUUUGAAUGAACAAAAACAUGAAAUAGAAAAGGACUUAAAGGACAAAUGUUUAGAAACUACAAAAUUAGUAGAUGAAAUACACAAAUAUGAGAUUUCCAUUGAUACAUUGAACAAAGAACUUGAUUCUUUUAAAACAUUGUCAACUAAUUUGAAAGAAGAAUGUAAAACUUUAGAAGAAACUAAACAAUCUUUACUAGACGACGUUCAAAAUGGACAAAUCAGUGCUGAUAAAAUGCGCAAAGAACUGGAUAACUUGAGGCAGUUGCACAUUGAAGAGAAGGAUAAACUUGGGUGUAAAGUUGACGAAAUGUGCGCUAUGGUGAAAUCACUUCAAACUCAAUUGCAAAAUGAGAUCGACUUUAAGUUAGGAUUGCAACGUGAGUUGGAAAAGACACAGGGUGUUAUCACAAAAUUAUCAAACACCAACACAAAACUGAACACUGAAUUGGCAGAAACAAUCACAAAAAUACAAGCUAAAGAUGAAAUAAUCAAGACUAAUGAUUUAUCUCUACAAGAAGAACGAGAUAAGUGUAUAAAUUUAAAACGAGACUUUGACAAGCUUAGGGUUAGUAUUGAAAAAGUCUCAAAUGAAGUUUUACAAAAGAGUCAAACAUUAAAGGAAUAUGAAACAUUGAAUGAAUCGUUGCAGGUAGAAAUCGCAAAAAAUAAUGAACAAAUUAGAACACUUCAUACAGAGUUGGCGAAUGUCAAUGAUGAAAAGUUAAGUUUGCAAACUUCCAUUACAUCAUUGAGACAUGAAAAAGACACAGUCAUAAACGAUAAGGAUUUACUUUUACAUAAAGAAAAGGAAAUACACGAAGUACUUAAAAGGGAGUAUGAUGCUUUACAAAUGUUUGUAGAAUCAUUAAAUAUUGAAAAGGACAAAAUUAUUAAGGAAAAGGAUCUACUAAUACAUGAAGAAAAGAAAACUCAUGAAAUACUCAAAAAAGAGUAUGAUGAUUUGAAAACUUUUGUUGAAAUAUUAAAGAAUGAAAAAGAUAAUGUUAUAAAAGACAAGGAUUUACUUUUACAUAAAGAAAAAGAAGAAUAUGAAGUACUUAAAAAAGAGUGUGAUAGUCUACAUACUUCCAUUGAAUUAUUAAAGAAUGAAAAAGAUGAAAUAAUACAAGAAAAAGAUUUACUUUUACGUAAAGAAAAGGAAACACAUGAAGUACUCAAAAAGGAAUGUGAUUGUCUACAAUAUUUUGUCGAAUCAUUGAAAAACGAAAAAGAUAGAUUAACAAAAGAGACUGAUAUACUUUUGCAUAAAGAAAAAGAAACACAAAGUGUACUUAAAAAAGAAUACGAUAGCCUGCAAACUUUCGUACAUUCAUUAAGAAAUGAAACAGAUAAAAUUAUAGAAGAAAAAGAUUUACUUCUGCAUCAAAUAAAAGAAGAAUAUGACGUACUUAAAAAGGAGUGUGAUGACCUUAAAAUUAAUUUGGAAAAAGUUUCCAGUGAAUUAAUCUUGAAAGACAAAGUAAUACAAGAAUGUAAUAAUAAUUUAGAACAGUUAAAUACGUCUUUGCAGAAUCAAGUUACAACAACCAAUGAAAUUAUUGAUUCACUGAAAAAAGAUUUGGUAACAUUAAAUGCAGAAAAGCAAAGUCUUCAAGACGUAAUAAAAUCACUUACAGAUGAGAAAAAUAAAAUCACUAUAGAAAAAGAAGACAUUUUGCGUAAAGAAAAAGAAAUGUACAACAAAUUAAAAGAGGAUGAGGAUAAUAUUAAAAAAGAUUUGAUUAUGGUAUCUAAGGAACUGACAAUAAAAGAAACUCUGUUGAAACAACAUGAAGAAAAACUGACAAACCUAAAUGAUUAUUGUAAAACGGAGAUUUCUAAAUAUACAGAAAAAAUUGAUACACUCAACCAAGAUUUGACUAUUGCUAAUGUACAAAUCCAAAAACUUCAGGACUCCAUUCAAUUAAUAACACAAGAAAAAGAUGCAAUUAUCAAAGAAACUGGUUUACAAUUACAAACAGAAAAGGAAAUGUAUACAAAACUUAAACAAGACUUUGACCAACUUAAUAAAGACAUGGAACAACUAAGUAUUGAUACUGAAGAGAAAGACAAAAUAAUACAAAAAUGUGAAAAUGAAUUACGACAUCUUAAUAAAUGUUUGCAGGACGAAAUAAAUAAAAAUACGGAUAUAAUUACAUCAAUUAACGAAGACUUAAAGACUGUUAACGCCGAGAAAGAAAGUCUACAUAAAACUAUAAUAUCAUUAAAUGAUGAAAAAAAUAAUUUGAUUAAAAUUGUUAAUGAAAAAACAGACUUUAUAUCGGAAUUGGAGUCAGAACGUGAAUUGCUAUCGAGGAAAAUGGAAGAGAAAGGCGCAACGAUUAAUGGUUUGGAGCAAAAGUUGCAAGACAAAAUGUUAGGUUUUAUGGAAAUCGAAAAUAAUUUCGGUACUGAAAUUUCAAAACUUAUGGCAAAAUUGAGUGACACUGAAAAAACUUUCAAAGAUAUUAAAUCAAAAUCUAAUACUAUUAUAGAAAAUCAGGAAUUACAAAUACAAUCAUUGAACGGGGACAUAUUUACUCUAAAAGGUAAAUAUGACAGUAGUCUAAAAGAAAUAGGCAAAUUGGAAAAGAACUUAAAAGAAAUGAAUACGAAAUAUGAGAAAGCAGAAAAAGAUUACCAAAAUAAAUGUAAAAUACUAGAAGAUGCAAAUAAUAAGAAGCGAAACGAAAUAACAUUAAAAGACACAAGUAUUUAUGAAUUAAACAUGAAAAAUACUUCACUAUCUUCAUUAGUUGCAGAGCGAGAAAAAGAACUAACCAUUUUGCGAGAUGCAAAUAACGAAUGGAAAUGUAAAAAAGAUCUUAUGGUUGACAAUUUGAAAAAAGAAAAGGAAGAAAUAUUAAAUACAGUAGAAGAAUUAAACAAUAAAACAGAAGAAUUGUGUGAAGAGUUAAAAGAAAAGUCACUUAAAGUAGAUACUUUAGAAGAAGAAUUAAAAGUAUGUAAUAACGAAAUUGCAACUUUGGAGAAAGAAAAGUCUCUAUACAAAGCAUUAUUAGUUGAAUUAGAAAAAGACAAAGACAAUUUGAUGAGUAAGAAUAGAAAAUUGGAAAGUGAGAUUAAGGAGUUGCUCGAAGGGAGAAAUAACUUGGAAUCCAACUUAAUUAAAUUGAAAACUAACUUUGACGAAUUGAAAAAUAACUUGGUCGUACUUGAACAAGAAAAAACUGAAAUGAGCAAUGAACUGAAAAGAACUAAGAUAGAUCUAAAAGAAUUGGAAGAAGAAUACCAGAAUGAGUUAGAGGUUAAAGAUGAAAUGUGUGAGACCCUUAAGAAGAGAACAAAACUCUUAGAAGAUUAUAAACUACUACAGGAUAAAAGUAACAAUGACCUUAUGAAAUUAGAAGAGAAAGAAUCCGAAAUAAACUCAUUAAAACAGGAGAUUAACAAUAAAAAUGACAAAAUAUGUAAAUUAGAAGAGUCUGAUAAUAGAAAGGAAAUAACCUUUAUGGAAUUAAAACAGGAGAAAGAAAAAUUGGAAAUUGAAAAGGAUAAUCUUAUUAAGGAGAGAGAUUGCAUUUUAAACAAAAUAGCGGAAGUUGAAAAUAAAAACCUGGUAUUAGAAAAUGAACAUUUGCCGAAAUUGAAGGAAGACAAUUUACGAUUGUCUAGAUUAACUGAAGAAAAUAAAACUGUCAUAACAAAUUUAGAGAAACUAUUAAAAGACAAAUCUGAAGAAAUUGAUAAACUGAGUCAAAAUUAUGACGCAGAUAAAGCGACUCUUACAAAUAAAUGUCAACUUUUGGAGGAAAAUCUAAAAGAGUCCAUAUUGGAUCUUGGUAAACGAAACACCGAAAUUAAUGAACUAAGAAAAGAACUGGAAAUAUUUAUAUCAGAAGCAAAACAACGUGAAAUUGAAUUACAAGAAAAUAAUAAAACAUUACUUGAACAAUAUGAAGAAAAAGAUGUUAAAUUACGUGAACUGAUAGAAGAAUUGAAAGAAGGGAAAGCGACCAUAUCACGAUGUCAACAAGAACUUCAAAGCAAGGAUAUUAGAAUCUUAGAACUUAAACAAAGACUGAAUAUGGCUGAAACUGAGAAUAGAGAAGUUUUGCAAAACGAAACAUUGCAUUUUACGGAAACUCUGAAGAAAAAAGAUGAAGAAUGUGCUUUAUUACGAAACGAGAAUAACGAAUGGAAAAUCAAAAUAGAUGCCUUGGAAGUUGAAUUUAAAGAUGAAAAGAAAACUCUACAAAACGAACUACAAGCACAAGUUAAUAACAAUGAAAUAUUAGCAAAAGAUCUUGAACAGACAAUUGAACAAUCAAAAACGCUUAGUGAAAAAUUACAAAUUUCUAAUAAUGAAAUGACAGAAUUAAGAAAAGAAAUUAACGACAUCAAAAAUGAAAAUGAAAAAAUUGCAAGCGACAAUAAUUUAAUAAUUCAAGAGAAUAAUGACAAUAUUGCAAAAUUAAAUGACCUACAGAAAGAAUUUGAUGUUUUACAAAAUGAAUUGACUCAAAUUAAAGAAGAUAACGUGCGACUGAAACAUAUUGCAGAAAAAUAUGAAUCAGAGAUUAUGACUUUGGAAAGGAUAAUCCGUAAAGAAAUGGAACUAAAUGAUAAUCUAUUUGAAGAAAAUAUUGAUAAACUAGACAUUAUUGACAAAUGUACAAUUUUACAAGAAUAUAACAAAACGAUACAACAAGUCUUGGAACAAAGAAGAACAAAAAUAAAUGUACUAAAAGAGGAAAUUAAAACUGUGACUUCUGACGCUAAAGCUCGUGAAAUUGACUUGAAAGAAAAGAAUGAAAUGUUAACAAAGAUGUUAGAAGAAAAGGACGAUAUUAUUUUAAAAAUCAAUGAGGAUUUGGCUAAAGAAAAAGUAAUUAGUGUCGAAUACCAAAAGCAAGUGCAGUUACACGAAAACGAUAUCAGCGAAUUGGAGAAAAAAUUGAGCCUGUUGAAAAAUGACGUCGACCGAAACAACCAAAUCGAAUCAAAUGAGGCCAAGAGAAUAGAAAAGUGUGAGGAGGCCGAGACGCGCGGCUCUGCGCUGCAGCACGGCCCCGACACUCAGGUAUAUAGCUCUUCAUCCGACAUCACCCAUUCCGCCAUGGAGAAGAACAAAAUCAUUUCUGAUCUAGAGAGAAUACUGACUGACAAAAAUAGGACCAUAAGUAAUCUUAACAGUGAUAUAACCUAUUUGAAGUCGUUGAUGGCCGAGUCGGAAAGCGAGGUACUAGACAAGAACAAGGAGCUAGAGUUGAGCAGAGAGAACUGCCAGCAGCUCUCGCUUCAGCUCAAGAAAAUCGUCCACCAAAAGAAUGAGGAAAUAUUGGACCUGAAAAAGCAGAUCACGAAGAUGAGUCUCACGGAGAACCGCGCCUCGCAGAUCAUCAAGGUGUCGGCCCGGUACCAGGAGAUCAUACAAAAAAGAAUCGCUGAAAUUAAAUCCGACACCGCGCUAAAGGAGUUGACGAACUUCGGCAACGCCGCCAACUGCGACCUCAAGCGCAGCCUGAACUCGGGCUCCAUCACGAUGGAGGACCUCGAGAACUUCCUGGAGACCACCGACCGGCACCUGCGGCACUGCGCCGAGAGACGCGCCGCGCUGCAGAAGGAGCGCGACAGACUGCUAGAGGUCAACAGGAUUAACGAGUCGGACGUUAUCAACAUAAAGAAGUUCCUCACCGAGCUCUCCGUCAGCGUGAAGACGUUCAAUUCCUACAAGGAGAUGUACUCGCAAAAGCUGAGUAGGGUGAUUCUGCUGCAAAGGACGGUGAGGCGAGAGAUACUGAAGGUGGAGGAGCGGGCACACCCCGUAGCCGAAGAUUGA